AUGACACAAGAUUUCGUCCUUGUAUGGUUGAAUCAAAGUAAUGAUGAGAUCAAUAAUGUGAACUGUCGUAAAAUUUCUAUUCGGUUACAACAAGUGGUAAAUACAUUCACUGAUAUGAAGAAAUGUAUAGAUUUUAUUACCAACAAUAAAAACGAAAAUGUCUUUGUUAUCAUUUCUGAUGUACUUGCACAAACAACAGUAUCUAUCAUACAUACUAUAAGACAAAUAAUUAGAAUUUACAUUUUUUCUCAACACAAAGAUCAACAUACAGAAUGGACUAAACAAUGGGUUAAGGUAAAGGAUAUUUUCACGGAUAUUUCGUUACUUUGUGAAGCUGUUGAAGAAGCUACUCAUGUAUGCAAUCAAAAUACUAUAUCGAUUAACUUUCUUACUGAAAAUAAUGAUACAAAAAAUAAAAGUUUAAAUAAUGACGAUAAAUCCUUCGUAUACACUCACAUAUUAAAAAACAUUCUACUAACCAUUUCUUUUGAAGAAAAACAUGUCAAAGAAUUUAUAAUUUAUUGUCGAAAUCAAUUUGUUGGCAAUACAACGAAACUGCAAGAACUUGAUAAAUUUGAAAAAGAAUACCGCAAACAUACUCCUAUUUGGUGGUAUACUUAUCGUUGUUUUCUGAAUUCCAUGCUAAAUAAAGCGUUAUAUAGUAUGGAUCUUGACCUUAUUACCAAAUUAGGAUUUUUUAUUCGAGAGCUCCAUGAACAAAUCGUCCAUCUUCACUCUAAACAAUACACAAAUAAUGCUUAUUUAUCAUCGUUGACUAUAUAUCGUGGUCAAAGUUUAUCUCAUGGAGACUUUGAUCAAUUAAUGAAAAACAAAAAUCGUUUACUAUCAUUCAAUAAUUUUUUAUCAACUAGUAAAAAUCGAGCUGUUUCACUUCGUUUUGCUCGUCGUGCUAUGCAUAAUUCUAAUCUUGUUGGUAUCUUAUUUGUAAUAGAUAUCGAUCCCUCCAUACCUUCACUACCUUUCGCUGACGUUCGAGACGUCAGUUAUUACCAAAAACAAGAAGAAUUUCUUCUAUCUACGCAUUCUAUAUUUCGCAUUGGAGAAAUCAAACAAAUUGGUGAAAACGAUCGAUACUGGCAAAUAGAUUUGUCGUUAAUUAGUGACAAUGAUUCGCAAUUGUAUACUUUUACUCGAUACAUACAGGAAGCAACGUCUCUUCAUCGAAGCAGUUUGUAUCGAUUGUCAUUAUUACUGUCAAUACUUAGCCAAUUCGAUAAUUUUCGUCAAAUAUGUGACGUAAUACUUAAAUCAGUAUAUAACGAACGAGAAAAGGCAAAUAUUUAUCAUCAACUUGGAUGGAUCAAGUACAAUGAACAAGACUAUGCUACGGCAAUUGCAUUUUAUGAAAAUUCAACUAGAACUUUUCAGAAAACUCUUGAUUCUGCUGAUUCUGACUUUGCUAUUUUGUACAGAAAUACAGGCUUUGCGUAUACCAAAAUGGGCGACUGCGUGAAAGCGAUUUCAUUUCAUGAAAAAGAACUUGAAAUCCAAAAAACACUCCUGCCACCGAAUCAUAUAGAUUUGGCUAUUACGUACAAUAACUUCGGUGAAAGUUGCCUUAAUAUCAACGACUUUAAAAGAGCCAUAUCAUUUUUUAAAAAGGCGAUUAACAUCUUUUCAAAUAAUUUUCCUUCGAAUAAUCCUAUUUUUUCAAUUGCGUACAAAAACCUUGGAAUAAUUUAUUACAAGAUUGGAGACUACGCGAAUGCACUUAUUUAUUAUGUAAAAGUACUUGAAUUUCAACAAACAAUAUUACCUUCAAAUGAUUCUAAUUUAGUUAUUUGUUACUGGCUCAUGGCAAACAUUCUAAAUCGGACGGGCGACUAUUUGAAAGCACUCUCAUUUAAUAAAAAGAUACUUGAAAUCUAUCAAAAUACACGAUCUCCAGAUCAUCCUGACUUUGUUAUUGCAUAUAAUAAUAUGGGUAUGGUUUACUGCAGACUGACCGAGUACACAAAAGCACUUUCACUUUAUCGAAGAGCAAUUGAAAUCAACCAGAAAACACCUAGUCCAGAUGACUCUUAUUUAGCCAUUCUUUACAAUAAUAUUGGUGCUGCGUAUGAAAGGAUUGGUGAUUAUUCAAAAGCGUUGUCGUACUACGAAGAAGCAAUUGUAAUCUACGAAAAAGUUUCUCUCUCAAAUACUCUGUCUUUGGCUACCUGCUACAAUAAUAUCGGUUUGUUAUAUGAUAAUAUGGAUGAUCACUCGAGAGCGCUAUCGUAUCAUACAAAAGCAUUUAACAUACAGCAAAAACUUCUUCCUCCAAAUCACUCGGACAUGGCUGCUUCUUAUUCAAACAUGGGUUCCACGUUAGCAAGUAUUGGAGAAUAUAAAAAGGCACUUGAUUUUCACGAAAAAGCACUUCAAGUUUUACAAAACACUCAUCCUUUCAAUCAUCCUCAUGUAGCUAACGCUUACAAUAAUAUUGGUGUAACGUAUGAGAAGAUGGGAGACUAUUCGGUCGCACUUUCUUAUUAUAAAAAAGACUUUGUUAUUUCAAUAGAAACCCUUUCUCCAGAUCAUCCUGAUCUCGCUAUUUCGUAUAACAAUAUUGGUAGAAUGUAUCACGAGUGGAACAACUAUUCGGAAGCACUUUCUUGUUAUAAAAAAGCACUCGACAUCAGACAAAAGAAAUUGCCUCCAAAUCAUUCCGAUUUCGCCAAGUCUUAUACGAUUAUUGCUUCUUCAUAUAGCGCGAUGGGUGACUAUUCGAAUGCACUUUUAUAUUAUGAAAAAGCAGUUGAAAUUCAUCAAAAAACAACACCUAGAAAUUAUCACCAAUUAGCUGAUAUCUACAGCAGUAUAGGUGCGAUAUACGAAACCAUGGGACAGUAUUCGAAAGCUCUUUCUUAUUUUGAGAAAGAUCUCAAAAUUACGAAAGAAAAUCUUCCAUCAGAUCACCACGGACUUGGUACUUCUUUAAAUAACAUCGCUGGUACAUACUUCUAUAUGAAGAAUUACUCUAAAGCGCUUUCACAUUAUAGAGAAGCACUUGAAAUCUAUGAAAAAAGUCUUCCUCCAAAUCAUAGUAGUUUGGGUAGAUGUUACUACAAUAUGUCUGUAUUAUAUGGCGAAAUGGGUGACAUCUUCAAAGCAUUCGAAUUUGCUAAACGUGCGUUCGACGCUGGGCAACAUUCGCCACCUACCAAUAAGUUCUAA